UCGCGAGUGUUGGCGGUGAAAAUCACUACGCGAACAUGGUAGCGACGUCUUCUGUUUUGAAAAAAGUGUCGCCGAAUGGAAAACUAACACUAUAUUUGCGAUGUCGAGAUUACGCUUCGAUCAACGAGCCAAUAGAUGGUGUUGUAGAACUCGACCCUUCUUAUGUAAAACAUCGCAAAGUAUUUGCUCGGUUAGUUGCUCACUUUCGUUACGGCCGUGAAAAAGAUGAAGUAAUGGGGGUAAAAUUCCAUCGAGAUUUUAUAUUAGCUUCAACGCAACUUUUUCCAACGAGCACAAACGAUCAAAAGUUGACCGAUAUUCAGACGGCUCUGACAGAAAAAUUAGAUUCACGCAAUGUUUUCCCGUUCGUUUUUUAUUUCCCAGCUGCUGCACCAACUUCUGUCUCGUUGCAAUCACGCGAGAAAGAAGAACAUAAAAAAUCGUGCGGAAUACAUUAUUACGUUAAAGUAUUCGUUGGAGAAUGCGAAAAUGAUGUACCGCAUCGCAGGAGUACGGCAAAAUUGAACAUAAGGCGAAUUCAGUAUGUUUCUUCUGACAUUGUCAAACGACCAUCACAAACUUGGGCCAAGCAGAAUUUCGUCAUUUGCACCGGAGAUGUAGAAUUGGAGGCUUCGAUUCACAAACAGUUUUAUGAAACGGGUGAAAUGAUACAAGUCCACGUAACAGUGCAAAAUAACAGCCACAAAGUAGUCAGGAAAAUCUACUGCACUUUGUAUCAAAAGGUCAACGUUCAGAUGUUACAUACUGGUCAUUACAAGCGCAAGAUUGAUGAACAUGUCACCAAAUGCGGAUGUCCCAUCAGACCAGGAGGAUCGAUGCAAGUGACCAUGAGCGUUAGACCAUCUCUAAAAGGUAAUCGAAGUAAAGGUGGUGUAGCUUUAGAUGGGCAUCAUAAAUUCGAACUAUGUGAUUUAGCUUCGUCUACUUUCAUGCAUCAUAAUCCAGUAAAAGAGGCCUUCGGUAUUAUUGUCAAUUAUUUCAUUCGAGUCAGAUUGUACAUAAGUCCUCUUCAAAACGUCAACACUGAAAUACCGUUUGUUUUGAUGCCAAUAAAUCCAAAUGAAGAGAAAAUGCAGUAGUGGAUUGUCAUAUCCGUGAAAUUACAUAACUUUCAUUACGUACUUCAACAACCGUUUGGAUAUCACUCACCCGAAAUGUAGAACUUAUGUACUUACUAUACAUUACGAUCAUUGCAGAAUGCAGAUAAUAAAAAUUACAAAUGUUA